AUCCCUUUCCUCCAUUCGAAAAUAAACCAUUUAUCGCUGAGGAAGGCAGGAGGAGGAUAACUCCGCGCUUCAGUGAUUCUCCGUCAGGUUUUCUCAAAUUUGAUCCGUGGAAGAGAUGAAUCGUGAUUCAAAUCUCAUCGAUGAAGAAAAUGUCAACCCAUUCGCGAAAGGCACAGGAUCCAAGUCAAGGCUUUCUCCUCUUUCUUCUGAACCUCGUGUAUUUGGGAAUAGGCAUGAUGCAACCGUCGACAUACCACUGGAUACAGUAAAUGAUCCCAAGAAAAAGGAAAAAGAGAUUGCAAAUUGGGAAGCAGAUCUGAAGAAGAGAGAACAGGAUGUAAAGCGAAGGGAGGAUGCUUUGACUAGAGCUGGAGUAACCAUUGAAGAGCAAAACUGGCCGCCAUUUUUCCCUAUUAUUCAUCAUGAUAUCGCUAAAGAUAUUCCAGUCCAUGCACAAAAGUUACAGUAUUUGGCUUUUGCAAGUUGGCUAGGUAUGGUUCUUUGUCUUGUGUACAAUGUUGUUGCUGUGACCGUUUGCUGGAUCCGUGGAGGAGGUGUAAUAAUAUUCUUGCUUGCAAACAUAUAUGCCCUGCUUGGGAUUCCUCUUUCAUAUUUGCUUUGGUAUCGGCCUCUGUAUCAUGCUAUGAGGACUGAUAGUGCCCUGAAGUUUGGUCUUUUUUUCCUUGUUUACCUGAUUCACAUUGGCUUUUGUAUUGUUGCUGCUAUUGCUCCCCCAAUUGUAUUCCGUGGGAAGUCAUUAACUGGCAUUCUAGCAGCAAUUGAUACGUUCUCAGAUCAUGUUUUGGUGGGGGUCUUUUACUUGAUUGGCUUUGGCUUGUUUUGCUUGGAGACGCUUCUAAGCCUUUGGGUUCUUCAGAAAAUUUACCUGUACUUCCGAGGGCACAAAUGAGGAUGAUGAUCUUUUUCUUUUGUUGAUCUGCAGUGCUCCAUGCUAAUAUUUGGUUAUUUUAAUUACAUUAGUAUAGUUAUAGCUGGUCAUGCUUUAGAAUUUCCUAAUAAUCAUAUUUCUUCACACUGCAUUAUCCUAUGAUUUCUCUUUUCUUCAUUGAGAAGAAAGUUUGUUUGAUUUCUGUUCUUUAACAGCUGCAUAUAAUUUUAGUUCCUCAUCCAAUGUGAU